AUGUCUUUGAUAUUAGAAAUGAAUACAUUUAGAGUAAUAGCAAUUUAUCAUUCUGAUAUUCCAACUCAUCCAACAAAUGGGAUAACCGGUAUGCUAAAUGUUCGGAGCACUAUUCUAAGUCAUUUCGCUACCACAACAAUCACAAUUAAAAAUAUGGAACAAGUUCGCAAAGAGUCAGUUUAUGAAUAUUCUAAAGGAGUUGAUGCUAUAAUAAAUGUACAUAUGAAUUCACCAGAAUGUAGUAUGUGUGUUAUAGAGCAUAGAAAAAAAUCAGGAAAAGUAUUUUACGAGAGAAAUGUAUAUCAUGUAGAUGAAUCCACCAAUGGUCUAAUAAUUCAAUUUGCAAAAGAAAUAACUGAUGAUAUGAAUGUUAAAGAUAACGAUACUGUAGCGAAUAUGUCAUUCAAUUUAUCAUUGACUGAAGAACAGAAAAAAGCCAAAAAUGAUAUAAUUUUACCAUAUAUCAAAAUCAAUAUGAAGAAAAAAAAAAAUGAUUCUAGUGGCGGGAUUAUUUUUUAUGAACCUGAUGCUAAUGAUGAUUUUGACGAAGAAGACCCAGAUGAUGACUUAUCUAUAUAA